UAGCAGCACUGGGUAGGCACUGUGCGAAACUAGAGCAUCAAUCGGCACAGAAGACGAGCGAAAAAAAGGACCAGCGAACAUUGGACCGCCGUCGCAGACCGCGACACCGUCCGCCCGCCUUCGUGUACCGCCGGACGGACAUGCAAUUAUCAGAUUGUGGUGUUGUGUGAGUGACGCCUUGUUACCAUGACGACCCACGUGACCCUGGAGGAUGCCCUGUCCAACGUGGACCUGCUGGAGGAGCUGCCCCUUCCGGAUCAGCAGCCAUGCAUCGAACCCCCUCCCUCCUCCAUCAUGUACCAGGCUAAUUUUGACACCAACUUUGAAGACAGGAAUGCCUUUGUGACUGGAAUUGCUCGUUACAUAGAGCAGGCUACCGUCCACUCCAGCAUGAAUGAGAUGCUGGAGGAAGGACAUGAGUAUGCUGUGAUGCUCUACACCUGGAGGAGCUGCUCUCGAGCCAUUCCCCAGGUUAAAUGCAAUGAGCAACCUAACAGAGUGGAGAUCUACGAGAAAACAGUGGAAGUGCUAGAACCUGAAGUAACCAAGCUCAUGAAGUUCAUGUACUUCCAGAGGAAAGCAAUAGAGCGUUUUUGUAGCGAAGUGAAGCGUCUGUGUCACGCUGAGAGGAGGAAGGACUUUGUGUCCGAGGCCUACCUGCUCACUCUGGGCAAAUUUAUCAACAUGUUUGCAGUGCUGGAUGAACUGAAGAACAUGAAGUGUAGUGUAAAGAACGAUCACUCUGCCUACAAAAGGGCUGCUCAGUUUUUGAGGAAGAUGGCCGACCCUCAGUCCAUCCAGGAGUCCCAGAACCUCUCAAUGUUUUUAGCCAACCACAACAGGAUCACUCAGUGCCUGCACCAACAGUUGGAGGUGAUUCCUGGUUACGAGGAGCUUUUGGCAGACAUCGUCAACAUUUGUGUAGAUUAUUAUGAGAACAAGAUGUAUUUAACACCCAGUGAGAAACACAUGCUGCUUAAGGUGAUGGGCUUUGGUCUGUACCUGAUGGACGGGAACGUGAGUAAUAUCUACAAACUCGAUGCCAAAAAGAGGAUCAACCUGAGCAAGAUUGACAAGUUCUUCAAACUUCAAGUGGUGCCGCUGUUUGGAGACAUGCAGAUAGAGCUAUCCCGCUACAUUGAGACCAGCGCUCACUAUGAGGAGAACAAGUCCAAGUGGACGUGCACCCAGAGCAGCAUCUCUCCUCAGUACAACCUGUGUGAGCAGAUGGUGCAGAUCAGGGAGGACCACAUCCGUUUCAUCUCGGAGUUGGCGCGCUACAGCAACAGCGAGGUGGUGACGGGUUCGGGCUUGGACAGCCAGAAGUCUGAUGAGGAGUACAGAGAGCUGUUUGACCUGGCUCUGAGGGGCCUGCAGCUGCUGUCCAAGUGGAGCACGCAUGUCAUGGAAGUUUACUCAUGGAAGCUGGUCCAUCCCACAGAUAAAUUCUGUAACAAAGACUGCCCUGGCACAGCAGAGGAGUAUGAACGAGCUACACGUUACAACUACACCAGCGAGGAGAAAUUUGCCCUGGUGGAGGUCAUUGCUAUGAUCAAAGGACUGCAGGUUCUGAUGGGCCGGAUGGAAUCAGUUUUCAACCAGGCCAUCAGGAAUACCAUCUAUGCAGCGCUGCAAGACUUUGCCCAGAUGACCCUCAGAGAACCUCUGCGCCAGGCUGUACGCAAGAAGAAGAACGUCCUUAUUAGUGUUCUUCAGGCCAUAAGAAAAACUGUCUGUGACUGGGAGGGGGCAAGGGAACCUCCAAAUGACCCCUGUCUGAGGGGGGAGAAGGACCCAAAAGGUGGAUUUGACAUCAAAGUGCCACGCAGGGCUGUAGGACCCUCAAGCACACAGCUGUACAUGGUGCGCACCAUGCUGGAAUCAUUGAUAGCAGAUAAGAGUGGCUCUAAAAAGACUCUCCGAAGCAGCCUGGAUGGACCCAUCGUGACGGCUAUCGAAGACUUCCACAAACAUUCCUUUUUCUUUACACACCUGCUCAACUUCAGUGAGGCCCUUCAGCAGUGCUGUGAUCUCUCCCAGCUGUGGUUCAGAGAGUUCUUCCUGGAGCUGACCAUGGGUCGCAGAAUCCAGUUCCCCAUUGAGAUGUCCAUGCCCUGGAUUCUAACAGACCACAUCCUGGAGACGAAAGAGCCCUCUAUGAUGGAAUAUGUGCUGUAUCCUCUAGACCUGUAUAACGACAGUGGCUACUACGCCCUCACUAAGUUCAAGAAACAGUUCCUGUAUGAUGAAAUUGAGGCUGAGGUAAAUCUCUGCUUUGACCAGUUUGUCUACAAGUUAGCAGACCAGAUAUUCGCUUACUACAAAGCAAUGGCUGGAAGUGUCCUUCUCGACAAGCGCUUCCGAGCAGAGUGUAAAAACUACGGUGUGAUCAUCCCAUACCCUCCAUCAAACCGCUACGAGACGCUGCUUAAACAGAGACACGUACAGCUGCUAGGUCGCUCUAUCGACUUGAACCGUCUGAUCACUCAGAGGAUCUCAGCAGCGAUGUACAAAUCCCUGGAUCAUGCCAUCAGCCGCUUUGAGAGCGAGGACCUCACUUCCAUCGUGGAGUUGGAGUGGCUGCUGGAGAUCAACAGACUAACCCACCGGCUCCUGUCCAAGCACAUGACCCUGGAUAGCUUUGACGCCAUGUUCCGGGAGGCCAACCACAACGUGUCCGCUCCCUAUGGACGAAUCACGCUCCAUGUCUUCUGGGAACUCAACUUUGAUUUCCUCCCUAACUACUGCUACAAUGGAUCCACAAACCGUUUUGUACGCACAGCCAUUCCCUUCACCCAGGAGCCUCAAAGAGACAAGCCAGCCAAUGUGCAGCCUUACUACCUGUAUGGGUCCAAGCCUCUGAACAUCGCUUACUCCCACAUAUACAGCUCCUACAGAAACUUUGUUGGCCCACCUCACUUCAAGACCAUCUGCCGUCUCCUUGGUUACCAAGGCAUUGCAGUCGUGAUGGAGGAGCUGCUGAAGAUUGUCAAGAGCCUGUUACAGGGCACCAUACUGCAGUAUGUAAAAACUCUGAUCGAAGUCAUGCCCAAGAUCUGCCGCCUGCCGCGCCAUGAGUAUGGCUCCCCAGGGAUCCUGGAGUUCUUCCACCAUCAGCUCAAGGAUAUUAUUGAGUAUGCUGAGCUGAAGACAGAUGUUUUCCAAAGCUUAAGGGAGGUUGGGAAUGCCAUUCUCUUCUGCCUUCUCAUUGAGCAAGCAUUGUCGCAGGAGGAAGUAUGUGACCUGCUCCAUGCCGCCCCCUUCCAGAACAUUCUGCCCCGUGUCUACAUCAAAGAGGGAGAGCGUCUGGAGGUGAGGAUGAAGCGGCUUGAAGCGAAAUAUGCCCCUCUCCACCUUGUGCCUCUAAUAGAGAGGUUGGGAACCCCACAGCAAAUUGCAAUUGCCCGGGAAGGGGACCUGCUUACCAAAGAGCGACUGUGCUGCGGCCUCUCCAUGUUCGAGGUCAUCCUGACACGUAUCCGCAGUUUCCUGCAGGAUGGAGUGUGGCGUGGGCCCCCACCAACCAAUGGGGUGAUGCAUGUUGAUGAGUGUAUGGAGUUCCAUCGCUUGUGGAGCGCCAUGCAGUUUGUCUACUGCAUCCCUGUGGGCACACACGAGUUUACAGCAGAGCAGUGCUUUGGUGACGGUCUGAACUGGGCCGGCUGUGCCAUCAUCGUACUGUUGGGACAGCAGCGCCGUUUUGACCUCUUUGACUUCUGCUACCAUCUGCUUAAAGUCCAAAGACAGGACGGCAAGGAUGAGAUCAUCAAAAAUGUGCCCCUGAAGAAGAUGGCAGACCGCAUUAGAAAGUACCAGAUCCUAAACAACGAGAUCUUUGCCAUCCUCAACAAGUAUAUGAAGGCGGUGGAGACGGACAGUUCCACUGUGGAGCAUGUUCGCUGUUUCCAGCCUCCUAUACACCAAUCCCUGGCUACCACUUGUUGAAAAAGACCCCCCCACACAUAGUGCACUCACACAUACAUAGCUGUGAUAUGAAUUUCUGCCUCUGCCUGGGCUUGUAGAGGUUUAGGUCAGGCUUUAAGAAUUUAAAGACCAACCCACGUAAGAUGUUCCUAUAUCUAUAAUAUGACUUUUAAUUCUCAAAGCCAAUCAGAGGUUGAUCAGUCUAGAGGCAGAGGUGCAUAUUCACACCUUAUCUUUUGUUAUUUUGCUAUCUAUGUGGCUUUCACACAGACUCAUGCAUGCCUUCUCUUUUUCCUUCCGCUGCACAUCUGUGGAUUGGAUCACUGACUCGAUUGCCAAAACAGUAACUCCAUUCUGGUUCUAAAGCCGCUCGUCCCAGCCUUAAUGCCUUCCAGAAUUUGCAAUGAAGAGCUGAGGCAACUGUAAAUCUAAAACAAUUAUGAUGAAAUUCUAAAUAAUUACACAAAUAAUUAAUUUUCUUAGUUACUUAAAUAUAUUUUAAGUGGAACAUGGUGCUCUUAAUUGUUACAACAGGACUAGCACAGGUACCAGUAAGCCUGUGCUACCAUCAUCUUUAUCAUCUGUUGGUGCUUGUUCACUCUGUGGUACCGCCUUGACUCAUCUCGGUUCUAUUUUUUUAAUCUCUAAUAAGGUACAGAACUGGUACUUUAGAUUAAAUACUUUUUACUAGUGUAGAUUUAUAGACCAGUACUUUUACUUGAGUUUGAUAGCCAUAUACUUUUUCCACCUCUGGCAUAUGCUUACAUGUGACAUUUCCCAAUCUGCCCUGCCCAGUCCCACCUCUCGCUAGAUGGCAAAAAGGACAUUUUAGUUCCUGGAUGCCAGUGCUAAAUACAUGAUGCUGUCCAUAAACUCCCUUCAUUAACAUGAAAUGCCUGCAACUUACUUUAUGAAGUGUAUUUUCCAUUGCUUGUUUGAAAUUGAGCCUGCUUACAUGCAGCUGUCAGCCAAAUCAGAUGUUGCAACCAGAAAAGGUACUUGCAAGCAGGCCUAUCCACAGACGCAUUCCUCUGAAAGGACGUGGAAAUGGGUCCUCUUGAGAAGUAAUUCAGUAAUCAUUAUGUGUCCACUUUGAAUCAUCAGCAUUAGUCAUAGGCCCCUGACUAAUAUUUGCCUCCUGGUCUGAUUAGCUUUUGCAGGCUUCACAGCAGUCAGUUUCUGUAACAGGUCUGUACUGUCAUGGAAAACAAGAUCCCUGGUACCAAAACUGAGUAGAGCCAAGUUGAGUCGAGCCGGUACUACAGAUGAAAAAGCACCAUUAAGACCCAGACCUGUUUAUUGUGAUUCAUUAAACGUCUUCUCUUAUUUUAUGAUGAUCUGCCCAUGUCCAUGAAACAUAACGUCUUAUCACAAUGCAUUUGAAAACUCUCCUCUUAAUUUUCCUUCACCUGCUUGCUUUCAGAGGAAUGACAGUACAUAGCGAACUUGAUUUGCUUUUAUUUAUCUUAACCCUCCUGCAUUUGGUUUCCUCCUAAAACACAUUUUAAUUUGGUACCAGUCCCACUGUAAAUUUCACUGUUGAACUAAGUGAAGUGUUGAGUGUUGUAAUUGUUCAUGUUUUUAAUUAUUAAUAUUUUUAAUUUACACAUCCUUGGUAUACUUGCCUCUUUACUACUGGAUGGAAACCUCAUCAACUGUUUUAUUUUCUUUUUGUCUGCUGGAAAGAUUUUUAUAUUCUGUAAAUGAAUACAGUGAUAUUAUUUACAGUUUGGAGAAAAAAAAACAUCUUCAUCUGGGUAAAUGUGUUGCUUUUUCAAGGUUAAAAAACAAAAGAAACAAGAUUAGAAAAUACCUCUAGGUUGUAUAAAGACAGUGCUGUACUAGAUUAACCUGUUUUGAGUGUGAGUGGGUGAUGUUGGUCUUGCAGACCUAUACUGCACAUAACGAAAAAAUCAUAACUAAAAUGUCAGCUAUAAUUACAGGGCGGUUCCCUUAAUAUAGUCAGUAUUUACUAUUGUUGAUUUUUUUUCUUUAGGUAUAGCAGUGUUAACAAAAUAUGCAAAAAAUUGUCCCUAUUUUUUUCUUAUGAAGGAAACAAACGGAAAUGAAGAAGAAACCCUUCCCAAACAGCCCUGUGAUCUUUUUUUCUGCUUCGUUUUGACUGAAGAACGUUUCUUUUGUAACUCUGGUGUCUUUUUAUUAUAUUUAUUCAACUCUGACAUAUUGUUCAUUUUAAAGGUUAAUCUAGUAAAACUGAAGGUACCCUGUAUCAUCUCAAAACCUUAGCAUGGCAAGUGUAAUUUAUUGUCAACAAUGGCUCCAUUUGUGACAUGAGGCUUUGUUUAUGAUAUUGUUGUACAAGUGACCAUGUUUUGAAGUACAAACAAAAAAAUGGAGAAAAAGAAUAUAACAUGUACAACAAUGGUCCUGCAAAGGAUUUGAAAUUAUGUUGUA